AUGACAAUAGAUCAAGUCAAGAGAAGAAAAGUCAACGAAGUUUCCAAGGCUUCUAAGAAAGGUUCAAAGAUCUUUUCACCAUUUAGAGUUAUUGGUAAUGUUUCUAAUGAUACACCUUUCGCUGUUGGUACUUUAGGUUCAACUUUUUAUAUUGUUACUAGUGUUGGUCGUUCAUUUCAAAUUUAUGAUGCUAAUACUUUACAUUUAUUAUUUGUAUCUCAAACUCAAACUUCUUCCAAAAUUAAUGCCUUAACUGCACAUUUCCAUUAUGUUUAUGCUGCAUAUGAAAAUAAAAUUGGUAUUUAUAAAAGAGGUAAAUUAGAACAUACUUUAGAAGUUGAUCAAGAUGAAGAGAUUAAGAAAAUCAUUGUAUUUGGUGAAUAUUUAGUUGCUACAUCAAGUCAAAAUGUUUUCGUUUUCAAAAAGGCAAAUGGAUUAAAAGUUGCAACUGAAUUUUAUACCAAAAUUCCAAUUUCCUCAAUUAAUGGUGAAAUUAUUGAUUUAAUUCAUCCUCCAACUUAUUUAAAUAAAAUUGUUGUUAUAACUACUUCAAAUAUCAUUGUUUUAAAUAUCCAUUCUGCUAAAGUUUUAUAUACUUCAGAAAUUUUCCCAGAUCAAUUAACAACAAUUGAAUCUGCUCCAGUAUUAGAUUUUAUUGCAAUUGGUAAUGUUAAAGGCCAAGUCAUCUUGUUUAAUGUAAAAAAGGGUAAAAUAUUACAUACAAUUGAAACUGGUGAAGCUAAAGUUAAUUCAAUUUCAUUUAGAACUGAUGGUUCACCUCAUUUAGUUGCUGCAUUAAAUACUGGUGAUUUGUUUUUUUAUGAUUUAGAUCGUAAUAGUCGUAUCCAUGUUUUAAGAAAUGCUCAUAAUGAAUCAUAUGGUGGUGUUGUUAAAGCUCAAUUUUUGAAUGGUCAACCAAUUGUUGUUACAAAUGGUGCAGAUAAUUAUUUAAAAGAAUUUGUCUUUGAUCCAUCAUUAUCUUCAUCAAAUUCUGCAAUUGUUUCACCACCACGUCAUUUAAGAUCAAGAGGUGGUCAUUCUGCUGCACCUUCAUCUGUUAUUUAUGCUGAUCCACAAUCUCAUUAUAUUUUAUCAGCUUCAAGAGAUCGUUCAUUUUGGAGUUUUUCUUUACGUAAAGAUGCUCAAUCACAAGAAUUAUCUCAAAGAUUACAUAAAAAUUCAGAUGGUAAAAGAAUUGCAGGCUCAGUAAUAAGAGAAAAAUUUCCUGAAAUUACAAAUAUGGCAAUUGAAAAUUCAAGAGAAGGUGAAUGGGAAAAUGUUUUAACUUGUCAUAAAGAUGAAAAUUUUGCUCGUACAUGGGAUUCAAAAAAUAAACGUGUUGGUAAACAUAUUUUAAAUACAAUUGAUGGUGGUAUUGCUAAAAGUGUUGCAAUUUCUCAAUGUGGUAAUUUUGGUCUUGUUGGUUCAUCAAAUGGUGGUAUUGGAGUUUAUAAUUUACAAAGUGGUAUUAUUCGUAAAAAAUAUCAAUUACAUCAAAAGGCAGUUACAGGAAUGGCAAUUGAUGGUAUGAAUAGAAAAAUGAUUUCAGUUGGUUUAGAUGGAAUUGUUGGAUUUUAUGAUCUUAGUAAAUCAAAAUAUUUAGGUAAAUUAAAAUUAACUUCACCAAUUACUCAAUUAGUUUAUCAUAGAUCAUCAGAUUUAGCUGCAUUAGCAUUAGAUGAUUUAUCAAUUGUUAUCAUUGAUACAGUUACACAAAAAAUCAUUCGUGUUUUCUAUGGUCAUAAUAAUAGAAUAACUUCAAUGGAUUUUAGUCCAGAUGGUCGUUGGAUUAUAUCAGCUGCAUUGGAUUCAACCAUACGUACAUGGGAUUUACCAACAGGUGGAUGUAUUGAUGGUAUUAUUGUGCCAAAUGUUGCAACAAGUAUUAAAUUUUCACCAUUGGGUGAUUCUUUAGCAACAACUCAUGUUUCUCAAUUAGGUGUUUGUUUAUGGACAAAUCGUUCCCAAUUUAAACCUAUUUCAACAAGACAUAUUGAUGAAGAUGAAUUUACAAAUGUUUAUUUACCAAAUUCUGCAGGUGAAGGUGGUUCAUCAGUUUUAGAUGGUGCAUUAGAUGAUGAAAAAGAUGAUGAUGAAGAACAUUUUACAAAUCAUUAUGAAACUUUAGAUCAAAUUGAUGAAAAUUUAAUUACAUUAUCAUUAGGACCAAGAAGUAAAUUUGAUACAUUAUUGAACUUAGAUAUUAUUAAAAAUAGAAAUAAACCAAAAGAAGCACCAAAAAAACCAGAAAAUGCACCAUUUUUCUUACAAUUAACUGGUGAAAAAGUUGGAGAUGAAGCAUCAAUUAGAGAAGGUCAAAAAUCAUCAAUUUUAAAUAAACCAGAAGAAACAAAUGGUGAAGAUGGUGGAUUAAAUCCAUUAAAACCUGGUAUUAAUACAAAUUUUGAAAGUGAAUUUACAAGAUUAUUACGUGAAGAUUCAUUAAUUGGAGAUUACGAUAAAUUUUUAAAAUUUUUAACAAAUUCAUCACCAGCUAUAACAGAUUUAGAAAUUAAAUCAUUAAAUACUCAACCUCCAUUAACUGAAGUAUCAAAUUUCAUUCAAGCAUUAACUCAAGGUUAUAAAACCAAUUCAAAUAUUGAAUUAAUUGAAGCAUGGAUGAAUAUGUUAUUUAAAAAUCAUGGUGAUGUUUUGAUUAAUAUUAAAGAUGAAAAUGUCGAACAAAGUUUAAAUGAAUGGUAUGAAUCUCAUCAAAAUAAAACUGAAAACUUUGAUGAUCUUGUUAAAUAUUGUUCAGGUGUUAUUGGAUUAUUAACAUCUGUUUAA